AUGGUCAUAGGAUGCCAGUUAGAUGUGGUGAAGGAUGUUUUGUCUGGGAAGGAUAAUGAGGAAAUGAAAAUUGAGGACAAGACAGGAGCCAGCUCCUCCCAGAACGAGCCCACACCUGCACCUGAGGACACACCCACACCCACACCUGCACCCAAGUCUGCACCCAAGCCUUCACCCACCCCCAGCACCCACUCCAGCACCCACUCCAGCACCCAGCACAGCCCAGGGGAAGGCCCAGGGCAGGCAGCCAAGGGCCGAGGCAGGGGCAGGGGUGUGGCGUGGGGGAGGAGAGUGUGAAGUGUGUGGGUUAGGUUUGUGUGUGGUAUUUUGUCUGGGCUGCUCCAUAUGUGGGAGAGCUCGGUUGGUGUAGAGAUGGAUAGAUAGAUGUGUGUGUGUGUGUGUAUGUGUGUGUGUGUGUGUGUGUGUGUGUGUGUGUGUGUGUGUGUGUGUGUGUGUGUGUGUGUGUGUGUGUGUGUGAGGGAUUUGUACUUCAUUCAAGCAUCUUUUAUUUUCACUACUGCUACUAUCUUGUUCACUACUGGAAGAUUAGUACUAAGAUGUGAUUCUUGUUAUUUUUAAGGGUAUUAUUCCAAUGUUUUUUGUAUGAUUGCAUCUCAUUCCUGUUGUACUUGAGAGAGAGAGAGAGAGAGAGAGAGAGAGAGAGAGAGAGAGAGAGAGAGAGAGAGAGAGAGAGAGAGAGAGAGAGAACAGGCCCCAUUGCACAAACUAAUGAUAAAAAAAACUCACAACCACUCCAAUAAGUAUAAAUAUGUUAGUUUUGUGAGUAGAUUUUGCCAGAAAGGAAAUUUGAAAUACAGGAGUGUGUGGGAGAGGCAAAGGAUAUGUAGGACGGCAGAUUAGUGUGUGAAGGAUGUGUAGGAGAGGCUGAGGAUAUCCUGUACACUGUGUCAGGAUGGUUAAGGGUGAUUUGGAAGGAAGGUAGUGUGUGAAGGAUGCAUUAGGUAGGUUGUGUAGUAGUGGGUACAAUGUGUUAAGAAUGAUAUGUAUGUUACAGGAGAUAAGGAUGUGUAUUUUCACCACAAGUAUGUGUAGAGAUUGGAGUUAAGACAGUAGGAAGGUUUGAUUAAGCUGGACCAUCAUUCCUUGUGUUGUCUUAAUAAAUGUAUGCAAACUGA